UGUUUCGAGUGAGUGGCGCGGAUCGGUUGCCUCAAGCUAAAAUGGUUGUUACGUGUGAGAUCAGCUUCGACAAUAAUAGGUAUGGCACCUUCUAUGCCGGACAGCUGGUGGGUGGCUGUGUAACACUGAAGUCCGACAAACCCAAGGAAGUUCAAGCUAUCUUACUCAAGGUAGUCGGCUACUCCAUCACGAAAUGGAGUGAAAAGAGUCUGGGAUCCACCAAGCAGUAUGCUGGCAGAGAAGACUAUCUGUCAUCCAACACCUAUCUGCUGGGAUCCGAGCAAAACAACAACAGACACAUCAUUACAGGCCGGGGUGCAUAACUACAAUUUUUCCUGCCAGCUGCCCUACCAGUGUCCUUCCUCCUUCGAGGGUCGCUAUGGCUGCAUACGAUACAUAGUGAAGGUAUUGCUCAUUCGACCCUGGAAAUACGAUCAGGCGUAUACCACGGGAUUCACGGUACUCAAGAUGAUGGAUCUGAACUUUGAAACCCCACAGCUGCGGUUGGCGGCACACAGCGAGGGAUAUCGCACCUUCUGCUGCGGUCCCUGCAAGACGGAUCCCUUGAAGCUGGAGCUGAACCUGCCCCAGGCGGGCUAUGUGCCCGGACAGAAGAUCCCCGUCACCGUUGUGGUGGUGAACAACAGCAGUGUGGCCGUCUCCGAGCUGCGUCUCUCACUGGUUAUGCUCAUCCGCUACUUCAGCCUCAGUCCCGAUCACGCACGCGUCGAACGCAUCAUCAUUUCCAGGGCGAAAGGAGAUGCCGUGCUGAAGCAGUGCACCCGCUCCCUGACCAUUGACCUGCCCGUCCCGUCCACGCCACCCACCUGUGUGGAGUUGAGCAAUCUCAUCCAGAUUGCCUACCAGGUGGAGGUGCAGGCGCUGAUCAAGAGUCUCCGCGAGGAACAGCUGAUGAUCAUGCCAGUUACGAUUGGCACCAUGCCCCUGGCCGUAUCGGGGAUUGUUGUCCAGCAGCCGCCACGCCGAAGUGCCCGCUAUGAUGGUCCUGCAGAUGAAUUGCCUGUGGUCACGGCCCUGGGGAGUGUGCCCAACGAUUUGACACCCCGUGAGGGGGACACAUUCGCUCCGAAAUAUGAGGAGUCCCGACACACCCCGCGCGGAAAUAUCAACGAGGAGGAGAUCCAUGCCUUUGGCAUCAAUGAAUUUGCUCCCCUGUAUCCAGUGUACAGCAUACCAACUCCCACGCCAACAAGCUCUGCGAAUGCGGGGAAUGCAGGGUUCGUAAAUCACAGCUAUGAGAAGUAACAGCACAGCUAAGCAGUGCACUGCUUGCCAUGAACAUCUUUCACUGUUAAGCUUGCACUGUUAAGGUACCGUUGCUUGCUGCCCUACACUGUUAUUGAUGCUUUAGACUUUUUAUGGGGGUGUGUUCCAUUUGGUAUAUGUAGCACAGAUUGAUUGUAAUGUAUAACAGAAGUUAUGGGGGUUGAAACAUUUAUAUUUUGUUGCCAAAACUGGGUUAUAGCAACGUUCAUACACUUUGUUUCGUUAAAAGUGUUAUAUUUGUACAACAUGAAGUUAUAACGUACAAAAUUGUUAUAUUUAUUUUUGCCAUAGACUUGUGUUUUGUAUGGAAAAUUAAACUUUUAUACAAACUUUUAUAGCUGUUCAUACUAAGUAAAAUCGCGUAACAUUUUGUCCCAAAAACGAAUGUUUAAAAUGAACUGCUUUGUAACGGCAGUCAGCAUCAGACGGAAUUCUCUUACAUGCAAAAAAAAGAAGGAAUUUAAAAUCAGAUAGUACCUUUAGAAAGUUCCAAAAGUUCAGGGACAUAUCAUGAUUGUAUUCCCACUCCCACCUGCCCUUAUUGUGUUUAGUGCAAAUGCUUAAAUUUAGCCCCAGGCACGCUCAAAAAGCCAUCAACCAUCAACCGGGGACAAUAACAAUAUUCCGGGCAACGAGAAAUAAAGGACCGCCCACAGAGAGCCACGGA